AUGGUUCAGCACCCAUGGUUCAGCACCCAUGGUUCAGCACCCAUGGUUCAGCACCCAUGGUUCAGCACCCAUGGUUCAGCACCCAUGGUUCAGCACCCAUGGUUCAGCACCCAUGGUUCAGCACCCAUGGUUCAGCACCCAUGGUUCAGCACCCAUGGUUCAGCACCCAUGGUUCAGCACCCAUGGUUCAGCACCCAUGGUUCAGCACCCAUGGUUCAGCACCCAUGGUUCAGCACCCAUGGUUCAGCACCCAUGGUUCAGCACCCAUGGUUCAGCACCCAUGGUUCAGCACCCAUGGUUCAGCACCCAUGGUUCAGCACCCAUGGUUCAGCACCCAUGGUUCAGCACCCAUGGUUCAGCACCCAUGGUUCAGCACCCAUGGUUCAGCACCCAUGGUUCAGCACCCAUGGUUCAGCACCCAUGGUUCAGCACCCAUGGUUCAGCACCCAUGGUUCAGCACCCAUGGUUCAGCACUGGAAUGUCUGGUUUACAAGGGUGUGA